GCGUUCCUGGUCGCAAUCAGCUUUUGGAAAGUCGAGGUCUUUGCGGGUACGUGUGGUAACAUAUCGCUUCACUUCUCCGCGAAGUUGACACAGCCCCCAUACAGGCCUCGACGCCCUUGCACAUUGGUUGCAGUCCGAUCUAUACUUAGGUUAUGCCGUAAUCUCUUCCUCGUCUUCGUGACUACGUUCCGUGAGUACUCGUAGUAUUGACCGGGUCACCGAUAUUGACUGGCUGAUACCCGUUAGCCCCCAUGCCGCUGUACUCAACACUCAUUAUACUCUCUGGCUAUACCUUCGGGGCUUGGACUGGCGCUGUCCUCUCCUACUUCGCUUCACUGGCUGGCGCCGUCGUUGUAUUCUCUAUGUCUCGCACUUUCUUACGCCAACAAAUCUCGCGAUGGCUCUCAUGCACUGUUACGAUCCAGCGGGUAGUGCGGGUGGUAGAGAAGCGACCACAGCUUCUCUUUCUGAUCCGCCUCGCCCCUACCCGUACAACCCUUACGUUCCGCACGUACUUCAUGUGCACCGCGCUCUCGCUCUUCAAGCUCAUCAUCCACACGACGAUUGGCGCGUCCAUCCACUCGUUCGCGGAGUACCAUGUGAAGCCGGGUGCGCACGACAGCGACAGCGAGAACAACCUCGGCCGCUACUCCUCCAUCGCAGGCAUCGCGCUUUGCGUCGGCGUCUUCGUCUACAUCUCCGUCAUCACGCGGAGAGCCGUGAACGAGGAGCUGGAGGACGACGACGCGAUGGUUGACGGCGAGGAGCGGAUAGCCUUCCUCAGCGGUGCAGGCGCCAGCACCGACGACCUCGAGGCGCAGAUGGUCGAGAGACCAACUUCGCCUCUGCCAGUGACGAGCCAGUGAGCUCCGGACAUUCAGGAUACGGACUUCGAUGUGUGUUAUAGUUGCCUCCUCAUGUUACAGUAUAGUUCGCGCCGCUUGGUUCACGCAGGCGCGGGAGGUCGGACUCCAGUAAUAGUCGCAUGCCGUUGGUAGUGCGUCGGACACUUUCCGUGUCGCUCUUGUACGUAUACAGACAGAUACAGUAGUUAGCUAGUUCGCCCGCCUUUCUUCGUUUUUGCCAGUCACUCGCACAUGUACAAGAGUCGCUCUUUUUGCUGUGGAAUAGACAGUCGCUGAUUGGUCCGCGAGGGGUGGGUUCGACGAACCCUCCCCUCGGAGAGACCGACGUUUUGGUGUUCA